ACACGCAACACUCCAUGUAUAUAUCACACACACCCUACACGAAAACACAAGCAUAUAUAUAUAUCUUCAUUCCUAAUAACAUUACAGAUUAAUACACAAGCAAUAUUCUAUGGGGAACACUGGUUCUUGUUCUUGUAUCUCUAAUAACAGUGUUAGUGUUGCCGAGAUUUUGAAAAAGAAAGGAAAGGGUGCUGAAACAGCGAUGCUGUUGGACACUGCCGGGAACAGUCGCGAGAUCAAGCUGCCCAUGAAAUCAGCAGAGCUCAUGGUCGAAGCAAUCGGUCACGCUGUGGCUCCGGUGGAGGAACUCCGGAGAACACGGCGGAUUAAGGCCUUACCGGCUGAUGAGGAGCUAGUUGCGGGGAAGGUUUACCUGCUGGUGCCGGUGAGCAGGGUCCAUGCCAAGGCUUCAGAGUUUGAGAUGGCGCUUGCCGACAAGAAGAGUGGACAAAGAGAAGGAAGUAAUGUGGCGAACAAGGUUUCACGGCCGUUCAGAUUAAUGGAAAUGGACGGAGAGAAUGAGGUUGCUGUUUCUUAUGUUCGUCCAAAACUGAGGAACCAAGUACCAUGGAAUCCUGUUCUGGAUCCUAUUUUCGAAUCCUCCUAACCUCUCAAUUGAAUGAGUCAUGAUUUUUUACUACACCAAUGCAUUUUGUGGCGAUUAAACCAUCAUAAAUGAGUGUAUAAUAGCGUUAUAAACGUGGUUAGGCAAUUGAAUUUAGGUGACAAUUUUAUCUUUUUCACAUAAACUUGAAAUUUAGAGAUACUUUACAUGUACCAUAUUUUUCGUUUAUCUUAUUACAAUUGUACGGUAAAAAUUAAUCUUUCA